AUGCCAGUACCGAGUUACCAAGAGGAUUAUCAUCAACUUUACAAUGACAAUGGCGAGCUGUCAAUUUUCCCAAGCCUUCGCCUUGCUUCCGAAGGCCCCUACCUGUUCCUAUUUGAUUACUCAAUUUCACUGUAUUUCCCUAUUCGAAUGUUGAUCUUAUUUGUUUUGGGUUUCGCAUUCUCACUUGUGGUUGAUCAUCUCCAGACUCAACACAACCUGACCACUUAUCCGAACAAUAUCCAUCAACUCUGGGCCACUGCUUCCUGGUUACCUCCAAUCUGUGGGGUUUCUGCAGUCCUAAUUGGGUCGAUCUACCCGCUUGGCGAUUAUUUAUGGUGGGGACGACGCGUGGUUCGAGACGGUCGCGACUGGUCUAGUGUUAUGAGGUGCUUCGGAGGACUUAUCGGUGUUAAUUAUGCAGCAUCCAAACUUGCGUGGACAAGCAGCCUACAGAUCACUUGUACAUUGGCCCUUAUCUCGGUUGGUCUAUGGUUCUGGUUCGAUUAUACCUUCCAUGGUUUCAUGAUCUCGCUUACAGCCGCCUCCCUUGGCACUAUGGUCGCCUAUAUCCUCGUAUUGAAUGGAUGGUAUAGUUUUACAAGGACGGAUUUUUUCGGUAUUGGGUCGUGGAUUCCUUGCAUCCUAUACUCUUCUUCAGUAUGCUUUGGUAGCAUUGGACGGCAGCUUGAUAUUGUCCCAGCAACAUGGUAUGAUGGUCCAAACACAAUCAAAACGCAACUCAAGAUAGAAUAA